AUGUAUAAUCCAUGUAUCUUUGAACAAUUACCUAUUUUCAACCAACAAUUUGGUCAAAGUCAAAAUCCAUUUACUAUUAAACCACAACAACAACAGGUUAUUGUUGGUAGUGCUGCUAACGCUAAGAAGGUUCGGUUUACCACUGAUGCAACAAAGGAAGGUCUUUUGUUAACUUUAAAGAAACCAUUAAGCAAUACUAAGGCUUACAAGUUAGAAUUGCAAAAACGUAUUCUUGAUAUUAAGAAUAAGUAUGCUCAGGUACCUAAAUAUAGUUUAGUGUCUGAUGUAUGGGGUAAUCAAUACUAUGUUGAUGUUACUGCUAAUAUUCAAGAGAAGAUGGUUGAAGAACUCAAUUCAAUCGAUAUGAGUAAUAUCUCAAGAAGACUAUCAAAGGAAUCCUUCGGUGAUUAUGAAUUAGAAUUAAAUCAUGAUGGCAGUGUAUUGAAUAUCACUAGUAAGAAGGAUUCUAUUGAUAAGAAUUUACAAUUCGGUGGUAUAUUACAGGAUUUCUAUGUGAAAACCUGUACUGUAGAAGAUGAAUCUGUAGCUGUCCUAAAGAUUGCUAUUGUACUUGAUAGAUCUUCUAUUGUUACUUCUACAACUGAUCUUGCCUCAGAAGAUUGUUUAGAUAACUUAAUCAAUUGGGCUCAAGAAUCUGCCUCUAAAGAAAAAGCUGUUCAACAAAAGAGAUAUGAUCAACUUGUAGGAUGUUCUGCUAUGAAUGAUUGUAAGAAAAUCCAAAAGAAAAAAGAUCAAGAAGAACGUUCAAAGAAGGAACAACUAGAAAAGACUAGAAGAGUUGAGAUUAAGAAACAAAAGAAAUUAGAACAACUAAAGUUAAGAAGGGAACGUGAACUAGCCGUACAGAAGGAAAGAGAAGCUUAUGAAACGAAAUUAGUUGAAGAACAAAGAAGAAAAGUUAAAGAAAUGGUUAGACAACAAGUUCUUGCUGAAAGGCAAAAAGCCGAACAGCUCGCUGCUGCUAAACAAAAUGAAAUUGCAGCUGUUGCUGCUGCUGCUGCUAAAGAAGAGGCAAGAAAGCAUCGUAUUGCUGUUAUUGAGCAACAAAGACUAGAGAGUGCAGCUAAGGAAUUGGCACAAAGACAAAAGGCUGCUGAACUGGCCAAACAAAGAGCCAUUGAAGAGUCGGAACGUUUAAAGAGAGAACAAGUCAUACUUGAACAACAGCAAUAUCAAAAACAACUUGUAGAAGAAGAACGUCAACGUAAAGCUGCCCAAUUGUUAGCCGCAUCACAAGCAACACCGGUUAUUUCACAUACGGAUAACGAAAGUGAUGUUGAUGAUGAUGAUUACGAUAUGGAUAUUGAUAGUGAAAGUGAAAAUGGUUCUACGACACUUAGAAAACAUUCUUCUCCAUUAUUAGAAGAAGUAAAUGAUGAAGAGGUUGAUAGAUAUAAUGAUUCAGUCAGUCAACGUAAAUCAUCAAAUAACGGCUUUGAGGCAAUCAUAGAGGAUGUGUAG